AUGACUGCCCAAGACGGAGCUACAGCAGCAACGACGUCCACCACGUUACCACACCUCCGCUGCCCGCGCCCUCCAAGGCCCAAAAAGCCCAAAGCCGGUAACCCAAUCUCGUUCGCCGUGCAGAAAUGGACAGCCUUACCCCGGGUCGCCAGGACACUGCAGGCCGUCGCCGUCUCGCCAACGGUGCUGGUCGACUCGGCGCCCAAGCGCUGGGUCGUCUACGAGCCCAUGGCCCUGCUGCCCAGUGGGAGUUUUGCCUCGGACGACUGGCGCGUGGUCUUGGACGGUCGCCUGCUUGGUGGCGAUAAUGACGAUGGCGACUUGUUAGCGGCCCUGUGGCGCGGCAUCCUCGAUGGCCUCUCGGCAAAGUCACCCCAGCCCCUGACGCACCUGGCCGUCAACGAUGGCAUCCCGCUCAACCUCCCAGCAGGUGCUGACGGCAGUGGUGGCGGUGAUAACCCGACCGCCUCGAGUGGGGAAGCUGCUGUGGUAGGCGGCGGCGACAUAUCAACGCCACGGGAAAACAUCCUGCGCAGCCCCAGCGGCCUGCGGAUUCUGAUUGGGGAUUUCGGCCCCGAAGAGGCACCUCUAGCGCGUCAUCCUCAGCCUCCAGGAGGAAGCAGUGGCGACCACGGCGACGACAACACAUCCGAGGAAGCCAUCUCAGAUGAGGACUUUGACCGCGCCCUCUGGGUCUCGACCAAGCAAAACGGCAUCUACCAGACGUGGGCGCCGCGGUGGACAAUGUUCAGCCGCGGCAACGUCAAGGAAAAAGCUCGACUGCUGGCGUUCCACGACGAUCAAGGCUCCUCAUCGUCGGCACCAGGCACCACCACCACCACCACCACCACGUCGCGUCUGCUUCCACUCCAAGGAUCUACAACAACGCGGCCCUGGGCGGUGGACCUCUACGCGGGCAUCGGCUACUUUGUCUUUUCGUACGCCAAGCUCGGCAUGCGCGUCCUGUGCUGGGAGGUCAACCCGUGGAGCGUCGAGGGGCUGAGGAGGGGCGCUCGGCGCAACGGGUGGAAGGUCAAGGUGAUCAGGGGUAAGCGGGAUCUGGCCAGGCCGACACCCGACUUGGUAGACGACGACGACGACGACGACGACCGCAUCGUCGUGUUCCUCGAGAGCAACGUCGAGGCCGCGAGGCGGUUGAGGGAGCUGCGCUCUUCUUCCCCCGGCGGAGCUGGAUUCUUCAAUGUGCUUCACGUCAACUGCGGAUUCCUGCCAACCAGCCAGCCGAGCUGGGAGGUUGCUGUGGAUAUCGUCCGCGACACAAGGGGAAGCUGGCUUCAUUUGCACGAGAACGUGGCGGACAAAGACAUUUCAGAUCGGGGCAAGGAGAUCGAAAAGGUGAUUCGAAGCCACAUUGACCGCGGUAGAACCUUGGAUGACGAGGACCGGUCCCAACGAGUGGCUCUGGAGCAUACCGAGCUGGUCAAAACAUUCGCCCCUGGGGUCUGGCAUUGUGUCUUUGACGUCUACAUUGGCAUAUGA